AUGGUGCUCAGCAACAAGGACAGUUUCGCAAUUCCUAAACAUCAUCGGAAGGACGAGUCUUAUGCUCGUUCAGGUGAGGGAUAUUCUCGUUAUCCUCGCAAGGAGAACCGGGAUGAUCACUACCCAGAUAGAGAGCUUCACUGGCGGGAGAAAGAUAGUAAGAUUGCUUCACGAGAAGUGGUCCUUUAUAAACCAGAUGCGUCUCAGAAGAAUCAUCAUGGGGAUAAUGCUCUGCAACAGGUGGAGCAUGAAAAUGAAACAUGUGGAAGAUCUCAGUCACCUAUCAAGAAGCUGGCAAGCAAAAUUGUUACACCCUCUUACGGGAACGUUACAAUCCGCAACAGAAGUAUAGUAAAAGCUCUCACUUUCCCCUCGGAAAGUGACAUUAGGAUGAGUCCUCCACGUGAUGCUCAGGUUAUUGGGGCUCUGAAGGAAAUGGGAAGUAACUCACAGACUGGUAUGGAGGAAGAGGACGCUAAUAUGGAUGAUAUGCUUGGAGAGGAGCUGAUGGAGAUGGAGCAAAGAAGUACAAGCAAAACUGAAUCGUAUAAAAGUAAAGCAACUGCCGAGGACAAAGCAAAAGCAAAGCCGAGGAGAGACGUAAGUUCCCGAAACAACAUCAAGAAGAGUGCGACAUGGGGUGUUCUCACAAUAAAGUUUCAUCGUAUUCGUCGCGGCUCUCCCUCUUAG